AAAAUCACGUGCGCCAUCGAUAUAUCUUACUUUAAGGGGGAAUUAAUAAAAGAUACGUCUUUCACUUUUGUCAUUGCAGCUGAUUGUAGCCUGAACUUGAUGAUCUACUUGUCCCUACCUUUCUCCCGUUGAACUUUGUACUUUAAACCUGUAUUACGCAAAUAUUUAUAAUCGUACCAAGCCAUACAUUACUUUCGUUCAACAUCUCUUGAUACGACAGUUUUCGCACAGUCAUCUGUUCUUGCUACAUCAAAAAACACGUUCGUACAUAUCGCUGUUUUCCGUCUAAAAAAAAUAUCGAUACACAAUGAUGCUCAGAAAGGCAUUUCACCCAAGGAUGUGCCAAAAAGUGGCACGAUCUUUCUCAGCAGCUGCCGAAUCUACGCAAGGGUAUUCUUUUGAACUAUCCGAUAUUCAAAAGGAAAUGCAAGAAGUAGCACGAAAAUUUACCAGAGAGGAAAUUGUUCCAGUAGCUGCAGAAUAUGAUAGAAGUGGAAAAUAUCCAUGGGAUAUUGUUAAAAAGGCAUGGAGUGUUGGUCUUCUAAAUAAACAUAUUCCACAACAUUGUGGUGGUACGGAAACUAGUAUUUUUGAUUCAUGCUUGAUUACUGAAGAAUUGGCUUACGGAUGUACAGGAAUAGCAACUGCAAUAGAAGCCACAGGUCUUGGGCAAACUCCAGUUAUCAUAGCUGGAACAAAGGAGCAACAGAAGAAAUACCUUGGAAGACUUAUAGAAGAGCCACAUGUUGUGGCAUAUUGUGUUACUGAACCUGGCGCAGGAUCUGAUGUAGCAGGAAUUAAGUUAAAAGCUGAGAAAAAAGGAAAAGAGUGGAUUCUUAAUGGCACUAAGAUGUGGAUCACUAAUGGUGGUGUUGCCAAUUGGUAUUUUGUUCUGGCGAGAACAAAUCCAGAUCCAAAAGCUCCAGCUAAUAAGGCUUUUACUGGCUUUAUUGUAGAACGUGAAAGUGAUGGCUUAACUCCCGGUCGUAAGGAAAUAAAUAUGGGACAAAGAGCAAGCGACACACGAAUGAUAACAUUUGAAGACGUUCGUGUUCCUGAAGAGAAUGUACUGAUUGGAGAAGGACAAGGUUUUAAGAUAGCUAUGAAAACGUUUACUAGGACACGAUCACCGGUUGCAGCAUCAUCUACUGGUUUGGCUCAGAGAGCUCUGGAUGAAGCAACAAAAUAUGCAAUGGAACGCAAAACGUUUGGUAGACCGAUAGCAGAACAUCAAUCGAUAGCUUUUAUGUUAGCUGACAUGGGUAUUGGUGUUGAGACUUCUAGACUGGCAUGGAUGAAGGCAGCCUGGGCUACUGAUCAAAACUUACCGAAUGCUACAUUGCUCGCUAGUAUCGCAAAAUGCCAUGGUGCUGAUGUAGCUAACAAAUGUGCUACAGAUGCUGUGCAGGUUUUCGGUGGUGCGGGUUUCAAUUCCGAGUAUCCAGUAGAGAAGCUUAUGCGUGAUGCCAAAAUUUAUCAGAUAUAUGAAGGUACUUCGCAGAUUCAAAGAUUGAUUAUAUCUCGUGCUCUCUUCGAAGAAGCCUUACAAAAGAGCAACUAAAUGCUCAUAUGUCGAAUUGAGUUGUAUGAUAAAAUUUAUUUUCAUAUUGAAGUAUUUUUAUAUAGUAUUUUUUUAAGCUACGAAAGAAGAUAAAUUUCUAUAUAUCUAACAAUCAUAUAUGCAAAUUUUGUACUUUUAGAAUAAUAUAUAUUAUACAUUAAUAUAAUAUAAAAAUUAAAAUUUUUACACUUUAA